AUGAAGAUGCACUUCUGUAUCCCGGUGUCCCAGCAGCGGUCGGACUCGCUGGGAGGCCGCUACGUGCUGUACUCCGUGUACCUGGACGGAUUCCUCUUCUGCAAGGUGCGCUACAGCCAGCUACACCGUUGGAACGAACAGCUGAGGCGGGUCUUUGGAAAUUGCCUACCACCUUUUCCACCAAAGUACUAUCUGGCAAUGACCCCAUCUAUGGCUGAGGAGAGGAGGGACCAGCUGGAACRAUAUUUGCAAAAUGUAACUGCAGACCCAAACAUGUUGAGAAGUGAUGUCUUCAUUGAAUUUUUAAAACGGGUACAGCUGAACACGUUUGAUGUUGCUACGGAGAAAGCUGCUCUGGAUAUAUUUCUGCCCAAUGGAAGGAGUAUUAAAGUGGAAAUUCUAACAUCAGAUAUGGCUGAAAGAAUUCUAGAAGUGGUGUCGCACAAGUUUGGACUGCGUCAAGAACUUGUGGGCUACUUUGGCCUCUUUCUCAUUCGGUUUUGCAAGGAGGGCAAGCUUUCUGUUGUAAAGAAGUUGGCAGACUUUGAACUCCCUUACGUUUGUCUUUGCAAUGCUGAGGUGGAAAACUGUAAGGUUGGACUCAGAAAGUGGUACAUGGAUCCAGCCCUUGACUCUGUGCUGAUGGACUGCAGAGCAGCCGUAGAUCUGCUGUACAUGCAGGCAGUACAGGACAUUGAAGAAGAAUGCGCCCAGCCCACACAGGCCCAGAGGCAGGAAUUAGAGGCUUUCCAGAAAGAAAACAAUCAAAUAAAGUUUUUGGAGCUGUCCCAGGAGGUGCGACACUACGGAUGCAUGCAACUGGACCCAUGCACCUGUGACUACCCGGAACCAGGCUGCAGGGCUCUUCUUUCUGUGGGCAAUCAUGAGAUCAGCUGCUGCAUAACACUGCCUGACAACCAGACCCAGGAUGUCACCUUCCAGAUGAGCAGGGUGAAGUGCUGGCAGGUCACUUUCCUUGGAACUCUUCUGGAUACAGAUGGACCCCAGCGAAUUCUCAAUCAGAACUUAGAGCUCAGAUUUCAGUACAGCGAGGAGAGUCGCUGGCAGUGGUUUGUUAUUUACACCAAACAGGCUUUUCUGCUGAGUAGCUGCUUGAAAAAGAUGAUCUCAGAGAAGAUGGUAAAACUGGCUGCUGAGAGUCCAGAAAUGCAGAUUGAAGUCCUGGAUCAAGGCAAAAGUCAAAAAUACCAUGUUCAACAAAGCCAGAAGGACUAUUCUAGUUUUCUACCAAGAAAAAGAAAGAUUAAGAGAGCAGAAGGUGACUGUGUUUUUGGGACCAUAAAAGAAGAAGAUCUUUGA